AUGCGCGAUUCCCAGGCGACGAGGAGACGGAGGUCGAGCAGCAUUCUCCAGAUUUACCAGGAGCCGCAAGAGCCUCUCGAGCAGCUGAGCGACCAGUCCGCUCUUCCCAACCUCAACGCGAACUGGGUCAAUGCCAAAGGAGCGUGGACUAUUCACAUCGUCUUAAUAGUCGCACUGAAGAUCUUAUGGGACGUCAUCCCUGGCGUCUCCCAGGAGACGUCUUGGACCCUGACCAACAUAUCCUACAUGUUCGGCUCGUACAUCAUGUUUCACUACGUUCGCGGCGUGCCGUUUGAUUUCAACAGCGGUGCUUACGACAACCUCAACAUGUGGGAGCAGAUCGACGACGGUGCACAAUACACGCCGGCUAAGAAGUUCCUGCUCAGUGUCCCCAUCGUGCUUUUCCUCCUGAGCACGCACUAUACACAUUAUGACCUCACCUACUUCACCAUCAAUUUCCUCGCCGUCCUGGGGGUGGUCAUACCAAAAUUACCAUUCAGCCAUCGCAUGCGAGUGGGCUUGUUCUCCGGCGUCCCCGAAGACUAA